AUGAAAUCAAUACGAAGAAUUACAGCCCUGUCAAUAGUUUGUGGAGCAAACGCCUUUGUCUUGACGAGCCCACUACACCAUCCAUCUAGAAGCCAAGCAAGCACUCUCCCCAGACCAUCUCAAUCAUCAUCAGCAUUGAACGUUUGGUGGUUUGGUGGAAAUGAGCAUGGGGAAGUCUCUGGAAACGAUGACUCGUGUGAGCUUGUUGCCGUUCGUAUUGAACGAACGUCAGCAAACUCACGACGGAUAGCAGGAGAAAUUGUUGUCCCCUGCAGACUGGAAGAGGUAUGGUCCAUACUGACAGACUACGAUCGACUAUCCAUACACGUUCCCAACUUGAUGGAAAGCAAGAUUCGCUCACGCAAUAGUGGUGGUGAACCAGGCGAUGGUAACUUUCGCUGUCGACUUUAUCAGGUCGGUGCUCAAAAGAUUAUUGGAUUUGACUUUUCGGCCUCUGUCACCAUGGACAUGACGGAGGGCAUUGUUCAAGCAGCCAGCACUUCCGACGACAAAUUUGUCCCUCAAGAGCGAUUGAUUGGAUUCAAGUGCGUGGACAGUCAAUUUUUUAGCACGUUUGACGGCGACUGGAGAGUGAAGGAACAAAUCAGCCUUGACGGAGAAAUCGAAAGUGUCGUAUCUUAUGAGGUGGAUGUUAGACCGAAAGGUCCAGUUCCAGUCGCGGCUUUGGAAUGGCGCAUCAGAGAGGAUGUGCCUACUAACUUGAGAGCCGUCAAGGCAGCCACUGUUGCCAUGGGCAAACGAAAGACUUUACCACUGGGUGCAGAUGGCGUCAUGCAAGCGCGGGAUGUCAGUUCUAUCCGAUCGAGAUCCGCCAACAAGUUGCGCAGUCUCGUCUACUCGAAUGUAGAUGAAUGGGAUCGCGAUGAAACUAUGGCAAAAUACCUGUAG